AUGUCUACUUCAAUAUUUCGUACUAUAAAAAACAUAUAUCAAUCAGGUUUUAAAAGAGCAGCAUGGCAAAUUCAACAUCAUAAUGAUACUAAAAGAGGUUUUUUAGUUGGUAUAGAUGAUUGGGGCAAUAAAUUUUAUGAAACUGAUGCACCUGAAGAAAUUCAUUUAAGAACAAGAUGGGUAGAAUAUGCUAAUUGGCAUCAAGAUAUGAGUCAAGUAGAACCAGGUUGGCAUUAUUGGUUAGCUUAUGGUACAAAUACACCACCAAAUUCAUUAAUCGGUGAUGAAAAAACAACUAGAGCAUAUCCAUUACCUGAACAUCAUAGACCAAAUUUAACAAAUUCUCCAGGUGCUUUUGUUACAUAUAAUACAGCAAAACCAAAAUGUAAUUCAUGGACUCCAGAAGUAAAAGAAAGAGCAUAG